AUGCCGCCAGAAAGCUCAUACAACAGCAGCACAGAAGCUGCAGCCUUGCCUCCUCCGGGGCAACUGGUGUUCAGAGCCCGCAGCUUCCUUCCUCCCGCCCACACGCCGCACUCUGCACGCGCCCAGAGACCCUCCCCGCGCCUCCGCCGUCGCUCCCUCCCCGCGGACCGGCCGCGCCGCUCACCUCCUCCUCGGGCGCCCCCAGCGGCGGCCGGGCGCCGCGCUCUGCCCGGCGCGGAGAGGCAGGCGAGCGAGCGAGCGAGCGGGCGAGGAGCGCACAGCGGCGGCGGCGGCGUCUGGGCUGGGCUGGGCCGGCGCUCCGGGCGGCUGUGGGUGGCGCUGGCGCAUGGCCGGCCCGCCGGGCCCCUAGGCGGCCCCCGCCCUGGCCCUGGCCCUGGCCGCGGGGCGCGGCGGGGCUGGCCGGGGCGCCCCGCCGGCCGCGGCGCCCCGAUGGAGUUGCGCCGCCGGGCGCUGUGCUGGUGCGCGGCGCUCGCCUGCAGCCCGCUGCUGCCGCUCCUGCUGCUGGCGCCGCCGGGCAGGGGCCACCCGCAGCCCUGCCACGUCCUGGCCCGGGCCGGCCACGCCGUGCGCCUGGGCGCGCUGCUGCCCCGCGGAGGCGGCGGGGGCGGGGGCGGGGGCGGAGGGGCGCCGGCCCGCCUGCGCCCCGCCCUGGCCCGCGCCGCCCGCGCCGCCGCCGCCGCCCUGCCCUACAACCUCAGCCUGGAGGUGCUGCCCGGCGCGCCCCGCCACCGCGACCCGGCCUCGCUGGCGCGCUGGCUGUGCCAGGCGCUGGUGGUGCGCGGCGUGGCCGCCGUGCUGGCCUUCCCCGCCUCCCGCCAGGAGCUGCUCCAGCUGGACUUGGCCGCCGCCUUCCUGGAGAUCCCCUUCGUCAGCCUAUACAGGGAGGAGUGGAAGAGCAAGAUUCAGAAUCCCUUCCACCUGCAGAUGGACAAGAGUGCCGACUUCGACACCCUCCUGGACUUGCUCGCCAACAUCUUCCGCUCCAACCAUUGGCAUGAGGUCACCCUGAUCCUCUGCCGUGCCUGGGAUAUCUCCAGCUUCUUGGAGCUCUGGACCAGCAGUGCCGACCUUGAGCGGACAGCCGUCGUCGACCUGAGCUUCCUCGAUGAGCUGGAGGCUGCGCGCCACCUCCGCCGGCACCUGGAAGAGUUCCGGGAGCUGCCCGGGCCGGCUGUGCUUUUCGGCUGUGACGCUCGGGCAUCCCAGCUGGUGUUCCGGACUGCCAAGGAGCUGGGGGUGACGCAGGAGUUCCACUGGGUGCUGGGCUUGCCCCAGAACGUGGACGAGCUGCAGACGGAGGGGCUUCCCCAGGGACUCCUGGCCUACGGGGAAGUGGACAGGCCCUCUGUGGAGCAGUUUGUCCAGGAUGCGAUGGAGCUGGUGGCCCGGGCCAUUUCUCAAGCGGUCUACCUCCGACCCGAGCUGGCCCUCAUUCAGAGCAUGGUGAACUGCAAUGACAAGCAUGUGGCUGGCAUGGAGUCCUCUGGGCAUUACCUUUCCCAGUUCUUGGCAAACACGUCCUUCCGAGGUCAGACCGGCCAGGUGUUUGUCCGCAACACGUCUCGCAUCCACACGGAGCGCCGCUACAAGAUUUGGAGCCUGCUGCGGGAUUCGGUGGGCCAGCCCACGUGGGUGACGGUGGGCAGCUGGAAGGGAGGCGAGAUGGAGGCUGAAGAGGGCAUGUGGCCACAGCACCUGCAGCGCAAGCACCAGGCGGAAGGCAGCGGGUUCUCGCGCAUGAAGCUGCGGGUGGUGACCCUGGUGGAGCACCCGUUUGUCUUCACACGGGAGGUGGACGAAGAAGGGAGCUGUCCGGCUGGACAGCUGUGCCUGGACCCUCGCACCAAUGAUUCUGCUGUGCUGGACACCCUCUUUGACGAGCUGAACUCCGAGAACGGGUCCGUUCCGGUUGAGUACAAGAAAUGCUGCUACGGGUACUGCAUCGAUCUUCUCGAGAAGCUGGCUGAGGAUCUGCCCUUUGAUUUCGACCUCUACAUCGUGGGGGAUGGGAAGUACGGGGCCUGGAAGAACGGCCGUUGGACAGGGCUGGUGGGGGACCUCUUGAGCAGCACGGCCCACAUGGCUGUCACCUCUUUCAGCAUCAACUCGGCCCGGAGCCAGGUGAUCGACUUCACCAGCCCGUUUUUCUCCACCAGCUUAGGCAUCCUGGUGAGAAUCCGGGACACGGCAUCUCCCAUCGGGGCCUUCAUGUGGCCACUCCACUGGACCAUGUGGGUGGGCAUCUUUGUGGCGCUUCACAUGACCGCCCUCUUCCUCACCCUCUACGAGUGGAAGAGCCCCUAUGGGAUGACCCCCAAAGGCCGUAAUCGCAUGAAGAUCUUCUCCUAUUCUUCAGCACUCAACCUGUGCUACGCAAUCCUCUUUGGGCGCACCGUCUCCAGCAAGACGCCCAAGUGCUGGACAGGCCGUUUCCUCAUGAACCUUUGGGCCAUCUUUUGCCUCCUGGUUCUCUCGAGCUACACAGCCAACCUGGCCGCAGUCAUGGUGGGUGAGAAGACCUUUGAGGAGCUCUCGGGGAUUCACGACCCCAAGUUGCAUCACCCGUCCCAAGGUUUCCGUUUUGGCACCGUAUGGGAGAGCAGCGCUGAGGAAUAUAUUAAGAAGAGUUUUCCAGACAUGCACGAGUACAUGAGACGGCACAGCGUCCCCACCACGCCUGCUGGGGUAACCAUGCUCAAGACCAACCCUCCCAAGCUGAAUGCCUUCAUCAUGGAUAAGUCUUUGUUGGACUACGAGGUCUCCAUCGAUUCAGACUGCAAACUGCUGACAGUGGGGAAGCCUUUUGCUAUUGAAGGCUACGGCAUCGGCCUUCCCCAGAACUCACCUUUGACUUCCAACAUCUCUGAGUUCAUCAGCCGAUACAAGUCGGCCGGCUUCAUGGACCUCCUCCAUGACAAGUGGUACAAAAUGGUGCCCUGCGGGAAGCGUGUCUUUGCCGUCACAGAGACCUUACAGAUGGGAAUCUACCACUUCUCUGGCCUCUUUGUUCUGCUUUGCAUCGGCCUCUGUGGUUCGCUGCUCACCUCCCUGGGGGAGCACAUCUUCUUCCGCCUCAUCUUACCCCGCAUCCGGCGCAAGAAGAAGUUCAAUUACUGGCUCCAUACCAGCCAGAAAAUACACCGGGCUCUAAACAUGAGUUUGGAGGAACAGAGGAUCAAGAGGCUAAAUCUGGAGAAAAAGUGCAAUAUUGAAAAGAGUCAGGAGGAACCUGAGGAGGCCCCCAGCCAGCCCAGCUGGAACAACCUCCGCCGAGCCACAGUGAAGAAGGAGGACAAGAGGGUGCACUUCAACAUAGAAAACCUGCCCGAUGAGACAUCCGAGGACGAGCGAGAGGCGCCGGUCUGGCAUUGCAUGAAUGGGCAAGACCCCCAGCAGACCAGCAAGGAAGUCCAGGAGAAGGAACUUGAGGAGUUGGAGGGUAGAAUUGCGAACAUGCGGGAGCAGCUCCGGGCUGCGCUCGUGCGGAAGAGUGAGCUGAUGGUGGCCCUGGGCCCACCGCCCAAAGCCCCCCGGCUGCCUCCUGCCCUGAAAGCCCUCAUCAAGGAGAACAAGGAAGAGCGGUGA